AUGAAAUUUGUACACAGGCUUCAAACAAGCCGAAAAAUUCAGGCGCUACUGGGCGUUGGAGUGCUGCUGAUCGGGAUGUGUGCUGUAUGUGUGUCUCUGCUUAUGUGCUUAGAGCCGAAUGAGGCUGCGUGCUGUCCGAGCGCGUGCGAGAAAGAGCGCAGCGAGGGUGCCUGUAAAAAAGAUGCUUUGGAAGGGGUGGUGAACGAGGGAUAUGUAUCUUUGGAGGUGGAAGCAGAGGGGAGCACCGCUCAAGGCGUAGAGAAAGAGCAUAGUGAGCAUUUUUGCGAAAAGAAAGAGCAGGAUGCAGAACAGUUGGGCGCAACACAAAAUUGUAAUGUGAGCUUGAAGACAGCCACAAAAGAGAAAGAAGAACAGUCGGACGCAGAAAAAAUGCCGAGUAACGCGCGCGCGGAGACGGCCUCACAAGAGAGUGCAAGAGAUCAGGAUAUAGCGCAAGAGAUGAGCGUGCGCGCGGAGACAGAAAAAAGAUGCAACCUGCGCCUGGAUGCCGAAGAAAGGCCGAUUCCUCCUUUGCGCAAGAAGAAGGCGCAUCGCACAGAAUCCAACGCAAAGAACGCGAAAUUACACGAACAAACAAAAAUCAUGCAUAGGAACAGCACUAUUUAUUCGGAUAUGGACAGCUUCAAAAAAACCGCAGAUUCUGGCCGGCCAGGCGCAGAUAUGAAGAUCUCCACCGGUUCAGAGACUGUGUUCAACAAAGCUGGGCUUAUACUGCUCUUUGCAAAAGCGGCUUUAAAACGUGAGUUAAAUCUGGUAAAGCAAGUAAUAAAAGACUUGUUUGGGGGUAAACCUCCCAAAUAG